AUGUCAAGCUGUGGCUGUAAAGUAACCUCCUGUAAAGGGUGCGUAUGCACACAAAACCAGAGACAGUGCAACGAACGUUGUAAGUGUAAUCCAAAUCGGUGCGAAAAUCGACCAGUAAUAAGCCAUAAUAAUCAAAAUACCGCAAUGGAUCAAGACGCGUUAACAGCGGCAUUGGCCCAUUUAAUGGCUAAUCAACAACUGCAGCAACAUCAAUUCCAAAUGCAACAACAACAGAUGCAACAACAACAAGACGUACUGACGGCCCUAGCAAAUAGGCUUCUUGCUGCGCCAGCCGCCGCCGUGCCCGUUGUUGCCGCCCCAGCCCCGGCCGCGAUCAUCCGGACCACGCUAGACUCCGACAUUAGAUACGCAGGAUCGGAUAAUGAAUCGCUGCAAGGAUGGUUACAGCUGAUUAAUCGUAAAGCAUUAGCAGAAGGUUGGCAAGACGCAGAUAAAAGGAGAGCAGCCAUAAGCUCUUUAUUCGGCAAGGCUCUCACCUGGCACGAGGAGAUUGGUAUAAAUCUACCUCAGUGGGACGAUUGGAUAGGGAGCUUGCGCGGAACCUUCGAAAUCCAAUUAACCGAAAGCCAGUGGCAGAAACUGGUAGAAGAGAGAAAACAGCUGCCGAACGAAACCGGUUCCGCAUAUGUUCUUGACAAAGUCAAACUAUGCCGACGAAGGGCCAUUCCUAUUAACGAUGCGGAAAUGACCCCUUAUCUCAUUCGCGGAUUAUAUCGUCCAGAAAUACGCUCGGUCCUGAUGGGAAAUCCGCCUGCAACAGUCAACGACUUUCUUGUCGAAUUACGCCGGCUAGAGGCGAUCACCGUAUCCCCGACGGAUGCAGCAGGAACCAUAACUGGAACUACUUCUCUUCCUCCUCCAAACACCAACGAUAAUCGCUCGCUAACGCAGGUGAUAGAAGCCCUGGCCAAUCAGGUAGCCUUUCUAACCCGAACCACCAAUCAAACCACUUCACCAGGGCCAGUGAAACCAGCACCAAAACAAGUGACGUUCGAACGUCGAUCACUGGGAUCAAAAAACGAGAUUCAAUGCUACAAUUGUAAUGCAUUUGGCCAUUUUGCACGAGAUUGUCCGCUACCAAACGCUCGUUUCCCUAAGCUAGCUGCAAAUUCGGAAAACGGGCAAGCCGCCCCGUCGAGGCAGGAGCGGCAAUAA